AUGCCAAGUGGUUGUCUAUUUUGUGAUUCUUGUGGAUCUUAUGAUCAUGAUUCUUCCAUGUGUUCUCAAACUUUUGUUGAUGGAUGUGAUGAUGUUGAAAUUAAUGAAUGUGAACAUGUGAACUUUGUGUCUAGUGCCAAUGGUGGUCAAAGGUUUGAUGGACCUAAGAAUUUUAGUAAUAAGAAUUCUCACCCCCAAGGUGGUUUCGAUAACUACAACAAUGGAGGCUAUAGGAACCAAGGAAACCAAGGUUUUCGAGGUAACUAUAACAACCAAGGCUAUAGUAAUCAAAACCCGAGCCAUGGGUAUGGUAACCAAAGUCAAUCUCAAGGCUUUGGUAAUCAUUACCAUAAUGGUGGCAAUAGUCAAGGUCGUGGCAAUUGGAGCAACAACCAAAAUCGAGGAAGUUUUUAA